GGUAAGGAUGGGGUAUUAAUCGGGUCGGAUCCCGGUCAUCCAAAGUCUCCUCUUCGAAAACCCUAGGGUUUCUGGGGACCGUAUAUAACGAGCUCUCAAGACUCCGCCGCCACCCCCAUCGUUCCUCCUCUCGUUCUCGCCAAGGCUAUUUCCUUGUUGUAUAAACUGCUGUACAACCAAAUUCACCAACAAGAUGCAGAACGAAGAGGGAAAGAUGAUGGAUCUCUACAUCCCGAGGAAAUGUUCGGCAACAAAUAGGCUUAUCACUGCAAAGGACCAUGCAUCAGUCCAAAUUAACAUAGGGCAUUUGGAUGAGAAUGGGGUUUACACUGGGCAGUUUACCACUUUUGCACUCAGCGGCUUCAUCCGUGCUCAGGGAGAUGCUGACAGCGCUCUGGAUAGACUCUGGCAGAAGAAGAAGGCUGAAGUCAGGCAGCAAUAGACGUCAAGAUUUAGUCAUGGUGGUUUAGCGAUCUUUCCUUUACCAUGGAAAGGAUUUGGUUUUACUUGGUGCUUUUUUAGUUAGGCUACUAGCAUAUGGUUUGCUCUAAAUUUCGUUUUGUGACUAUUGAUUGCUGCUGUUCGAUCUUUUUAAACCCCCUGCAACUAUCAAUGCCUUUCAGUCUCGUAAUUGGUGCUGUGAUUAUUCACAUUUAAGGCUUUGAGCUCAUUAAUCUCAUGUGUAGGGAAUGUUGAGCUAAUUCCACAGAUGUCUUACCGGAUCUUGGAAAACAGAGUUCAUUUCACCUUUUGUAGUUUUUAUCCACCGUACGUCGUACAUGCGAGGCAUCUCAAGAGAUAACCAGUCUUGUCGGCAUAACUAAGCGCCCCCUUAAUUUUAAGUUAUUAAAGCUAAGGGCUGGUGUUUGUACGA